GCACGUGCUGUAAAAAAAUACAUUCCAAAAUGGAAGUUCUUCCUUCAGAAGUCUAUCAAAAUAUAGACGCGAUUGCACAUGGACAAGAUGGAACGUUGGCUGUCGCUUCAUCGUCAAUGACCGGUAGAAUCUGGAAUGGUUCACUUUGGACCUUCAAAGACGCUUCUACAGCUCCAGAUCCUGAAUACAGCAGUGGUAGAGCUUGUACAGAAGCAGGGAUAAAUGAUGUACAGUGGUUAGACUCGAGUAGGAUGGUCGUUGGUUUAGAUGAUGGAUCGGUCGAAAUCUGGGCGCAAACUGGAAGUCUACCAGGUCUAGAAAAUUUAGCCUCACUAACGGAGCACGACGAUAUUGUAUCUUCUGUUAGUGUGGACUGUGCUAGAAAACGAAUUAUAAGUGGAAGUCGAGACAGAAGCAUAAAAUUGUGGGAUCUUAAUAGCGAACAAUGUAUGAUUACAUACAAAGGUGGGUUAGGGCUUAACUAUCUAAUAAAUCAUUAAUAAAUUUAUGACUGU